UCGAAACGCCAUGGGAACCCCCACAUAACCCACUAUGAAAGCGUUUGGAAAUGAGCUGGUUCACCGAUCAUACACUUUUUUUCUUCAUUUAACCAGCAUAGUCUUCAUUUAUUUACGACAAUGCCUUCAAUCCAAAGCUUCACGAUGACCUAUGACGCACUGAAUGAGGAGGGGACGUUCUCGGAGGGAGACACUAUUACAGGGAAAAUAACACUGGUCCUAUUUAAGGCCACCACUGUUGAGAGCCUGUUUGUUAAAGCGAAAGGAGACGCUGACGUGCGUUGGACGAAAAAGAGCGGCGAUCACACCAGGACGUACUCUUCACACAGGAGAUACUUUAAACUGAAGCAGUUUCUAAUCCCAGAGGACUCUCAGGAGACUGUGGUUCCCAGAGGAACCCAUGUCUAUAACUUUGUCUUCAACAUACCACAAGGAAACAUGCCAUCAUCCUUCAAGGGGACUCAUGGAAAGAUUGUCUACAAGCUGGAAGCCAAACUGUCCAGGAGUUGGAAGAUGGACCGCACUGUAGAAAAGGACAUCCGUUUUGUCUCCAAGUCCUUUCCAAACCUUCCUGCUCUAAUGUCACGUCAAGUUGGUUCAAAGAAGAAGGAGUUGGGGCUUUUCUCAAGUGGAUAUGCUAUCAUGGAUGUCAUCGUUGACAAGAAGGCCUAUGCUCCAGGUGAAACAAUGGUGAUUGUUGCAAAGAUCAACAAUUCCUCAUCCACUGAGAUGACACCCAAAUUCAGAUUAGGCCAGGAUGUGGUGUACCGUGCCAACGGCAGUACCAAACAUGAGGGCAACGUUAUCCACAAACUGGCUGACCAACUUAUUCCAUCUCGAACACAAAAGGAUAUCAGGUGUACAGUGAAGAUUCCUGGUGAUCUGAUGCCAUCAAUCCAGAAUUGUGAAAGUAUCUCAGUGGAGUACCAUUUAAAGGUAUAUCUGGACAUCAGCUUUGCUUUUGAUCCAGAGAUCAUUUUCCCAUUGGUCAUUAUUCCAAAAGACCUCGCUCCUGGCCCUCAGCCUCAUGAGGCUGCAGGUCCAUAUCCCGCUGGGGCUGUUGGGGGUCCGAGCUACAGCGACUUCCCUCCUUCUGCAGUGUCCAUGGGUCCUUAUCCGACAUCCCCACACUCAGGGAGUUAUAGAAACCCAAGAGCCCAAAGGAAUUCAACACCACCACCUGUGUACCCAGGUAACCCACCUGUGUAUGCUGGUUCACCAAGCAUGUAUCCUGCUCAUCCAACAUACAUGAGUGGGGGCUACAAUAACCCAGUGCGACAGCGGCCUUCUCCAUAUGGAUCUCCAUUUUCAUCUCCUGUACUUCACCCUCCACCCACUGCCCCAGCAUUCCAACCACCCCCAUCUGCCCCACCAUUUCAACCACCCCCAUCUGCCCCACAUCUCCACCCAUUCCCUCCUCCUCCACCCUUCCAGAUAUCCCCAACUGCUCCUACAUACAACCCGCUGCCUUCUGCACCAAUGAUGAACACAGAUUUCCUGUCUCAAUCGGAUGAAGCUCCUCCAGCAUAUUCGCUCCUUUUCCCAUCUUCUGCUCCUGACGAACCUGAUGCAAAAUAAUAGAAUGUACUUAUGUGAAUGACUGAAUGAGUUUGUUAAUUAUUAAGUAAAAUACUAAUAUUGAGUUAAAAUGUGAACUCUGAUUAACUAAAUCAUAUCUUUAAUACUUCAUUCACUAAUACUUUAAUGCAGUAAUUGUUGUGUGCAUGUGAACAAUUGUAUACAAAAUGGGACUCUUUCAGUGUGUGAAUGUUUUCAGGUCAGUUCAGGUUGAUAAUUGGCUUCGUCCAGCUGCUCAAACCUCAGCCAUCAGGAUACACUGUGUAUUUCAUGUGCCUUGGUCAACUCAAGUGUCCUAGACUGAUCUUUUUUUCAGUGUUAUAGUUUAUAUAUAGUUUAGUUAAUGUUUGGACACUAGUUGAAAGAGACUGGACAACAUGUACUGUAUCAAGAAAAAAGGUUUUAUGUUCUGUUUUUUUUUUUGUUCUUUUAACUUUCUUUUAAUGCCAAAUACAUUUCAACUACGUCUUUCUAUUUUGUUACAAAAUUCUCAAACUGCCAGUGUCUUCUCUGACUUGGAGACUUGAAUAAAGAACUAUUAUGGAAAGGUU